UCUAUCACAAAAAUUCAAACAAGACGGUGACAGCGCACUGUUAUUUGUAAUUAGUGUUGUGUUCAGAUACGCUGAGAUAUCUUCGUCUCCUUAUCAUUUUUCUCCUCUCCCUCUUUCUUCGAUAAACGGUGGUCUUUUUUGAUAACCUAAGCUGUUUAUUGACUUCGCGCUCGACAGUCCGAUUAGUCGGAGCAAUAAGGAAUAAUAAUGUUACAUUUAUUGAGGAAAAGUGGUCGAUACAUUUCCCAAUUCCAAAUGACGAGACACUUAGUAACCGAUCCAAAGUAUGGAUUUUUAAAACAAUUGGGUAUUAAUGUUGAAAAUCCUGGUCUUUAUGACGGAAGAUGGGGUGGAUCUGGCAAGUUAGUAGAUUCAAUAUCGCCGGCGACCGGCAAAGUGAUAGCGAAGGUUCGCGAAUCCACGCCGCAAGAAGCUAGCAAUGCUAUAACGGAAGCACGUAAAGCGUGGCCACAAUGGGCAUCUAUUCCGAUGCCAGCCAGAGGAGAUAUUGUACGACAAAUUGGGGAUGAGCUCAGGAGAAAUUUGGAACCAUUGGGACGUUUAGUAUCCUUGGAAAUGGGUAAUUUAUCAUUUCGAACAUUGAGGUUUUUACUUGUUGUAACAGCCUGUAAUUAUGGUCAAUAUCAAAAUAGUAUAGAUUCAUUUAUAAUUAAAGUGUAUCAUGCCAUAGGAAAGAUAUUGCCGGAGGGUAUAGGCGAGGUCCAGGAAUUCAUCGACAUAUGCGAUUACGCGGUCGGCUUGUCGCGGACGUUACCCGGUAGCCUGUUCCCAUCGGAGAGGAAGAACCACAUGCUUUUGGAAAAGUGGAAUCCCUUGGGUGUAGUCGGCGUCAUCUCGGCGUUUAAUUUUCCCAUAGCGGUAAAUAACUUUCAGAUGAUCUUGCUUCGUCAUUCCUUGUGUCAGAGCAAUUUACCGAAUCGCGGUGUUCUUAAGGUAUACGGCUGGAACAGCGCUAUUGCUAUGGUUUGCGGUAACACCAUCGUCUGGAAAGAGGCGUCAAGCACACCUUUGGUAGCCAUCGCGACGAUCAGAAUAAUCGCGAAUGUCUUGGAGCGCAAUGGCAUCCCAGGCUCUGUCGCAUCUUUAAUCACGGGUGGACCAGAAGUCGGGGAGACUCUUGUCAACGACAAACGGGUACCUCUCAUUUCAUUCACCGGAAGCACGAAUGUAGGAAGACAAGUAGCUCUCAAGAUUCAGCAAAGAUUUGGAAGAUCUUUGCUGGAGCUUGGUGGUAACAAUGCAUUAAUUGUCGCACAAGAUGCCGAUUUAGAAAUGGCAGUGAGAGCAGCGGUCUUCGCGUGUGUGGGAACAGCUGGACAAAGAUGUACCACUACCAGGAGAUUAAUACUUCACAAGAAGAUAAAGAAUGAAUUUUUAGGUAAGUGUAAAUAUGAGGAAACGUUAAGUCGUAUAUCAUAUAUUGUUACAAAGAAAUUUUUAGGAAGACUGAAAACGGCAUAUAAGAGCAUAUUGGAACGAGUUGGAGACCCGUUGGAUGACAGUGUCCUGUACGGACCAUUGCAUAAUCAGGCAGCAGUCGACGCAUAUAAAGCAGCAAUUCAGAAGGCUGUAGAAGCCGGUGGCACGAUAGAAUUCGGUGGAAAGCAAAUAGAGCGACCUGGUUUUUAUGUCAAACCGACAAUUAUCUCGGGUUUACCCGCCGGAGCCGAUGUAGUGCAACAGGAAACUUUCGCUCCAAUUGUUUACAUUCUAGAGGCAAAUUCUCUGGAGGAAGCUAUCGAUCUUAACAAUGGCGUGGAACAAGGACUGAGCAGCAGUCUUUUUACUAAAAGUAUUGGAAACGUAUUUCAGUGGAUCGGACCACAUGGAUCGGAUUGCGGAAUAGUCAAUGUCAACAUUGGCACCAGCGGCGCCGAGAUAGGCGGCGCGUUUGGCGGUGAAAAGGCCACGGGUGGAGGUCGCGAGAGCGGAAGCGAUGCAUGGAAACACUACAUGCGACGUGCCACCAUCACUAUCAAUUACGGAAACGAGUUACCUCUGGCUCAGGGCAUCAAGUUCGAAUAAAUUAAACAUGAGUAUUUUGUUCCGAAGAGGAAUCAGCGCUUUAAUUCAAACCGUAUAAAAUCCACUUGAAUGUCGACGGAUGCUUUUCUGUGGAAUUUGUAAGCCUUUGGCAGGUCGUAUCUGAGCUCAGCUAUCACCAUGCCUCUCGCACCGAGCUGCGCCGCCUUCGACAGAACGUAAUCCCGUGUGCUACUCUUGUGAAGAGAAUAAACCACAUUCGAUGAAAGCCCGAUUGCCUUUUCCAAAAACUUCAUGUCUAUGCCAGCAUUGUUCUUAGUGCCAAAAGGUGGAUUCAUUAUAACAGUAUCAAAGUAUUUUUCGAAUUUUCCUGUAACAUGAAACGCUACAUAUUUGUAUCUGCAAUAAAUACAAUAAUUUAUAAAGGUA